AGCUAGUCAAUGAAUAAGCUGACUCGCUCGAAGCCUCCGUGCCGCACUGAGCCACUGACCGGACUCACUCUGUCACUCAGCUCUCGCCUCCCCCAAGCUCCAACAGCCUCCGCCUCCGCCUCCGCCUCCAUGGAUCCCCGCGGCGCCGACAUCCCGUGCAUCGUCCAAGCCCUACCCUCCGUCGAUCCCAGCGUGACCGCCUCUGACUCGCCCUGCAUCGUCCAGGCCCUAGCGGCGUCCCCUUCCAAACCCCAGGCCCUCACGCCUGCGGCCAGAGACCAGCCGCCGCCCGCCUUCAAAUCCUCCAGGCCCCCGAGCCCCCGCCGCACGCGCUCCGGCCGCGCGCCCGAGUGGACUGCCGCCGAGACCCUCGCGCUCGUUGCCGCGGUCGCCGCCGUGGAAGACGACGGCUGGGCCCGCUCCGUCUCCGCCUUCCAGAAGUGGGCCAUCGUCGCGGAGAACAUCGCUUUCUCCGAUGCCGGAGGGGCGCCCUCGAGGCGCAGGGGGAGGGCGGCUGGCGAGUGCAAGCGGAAGUGGGAGGCGCUCGAGGCGGAGUACGGGGCGGUGCGGCACUGGGAGGCGCGGACCGGGGGGAAGUACUGGCGCAUGGGUGCCGCGGCCAGAAGGAAGGCCGGGCUCCCAGCGGAGUUCGACGCCGAGGUGUAUGGCAUCAUGGACGCUCUGAUCCGGGUCGAUGAGGCGCUCCUUGGCGGCGCCGGGGGAGGAGGGGGCGACGAGGUCUUGGCCAGUGCUAAUGGUGACGGGGGCGGUGGUGGUGAUACUGCUGAGGUGGGAGAGGAAGAGGGUGGCGGCGGUGGUGGUGAUACUGCUGAGGUGGGAGAGGAAGAGGGUGGCGAUGCUGGGGUUGAAGAAGAGGAGGAGGAUAGUGCCGCGGAGGAUGGUGACCGGAGUGAGGAGGAGAUGCAGGUUGACGGUGGAAAUGCGAAUGCUUCUGAUGAUUUGGAAGGGUGUGAGAUGGAGACUGACAACGAGCCAAAGAAAAGCCAAGCCGACGCAUGGGAGUUGGCCAACAAGCUAAGCGAGAACGCGGAACAUAUUCAUAUGAUACUAAGCGGAGAGGCUGAUGAAGAUGGUGGCCACCACAAUGCUCCUGCCUAUGCGGUCUCACCUGAUGCAAUGGAGACCACUCGGCAGAAAGCCGACGAGCUGAUCAAAUCGCUUGGUGGGCUCGUGAGCUACUUGAACCAGUUCACCGACCUGGUCAAGGAGAACGGGAUCGAGGAUGUCGUCAGCGUGAACUGACCGAUGGUAGGCGGGUUUCCUUUGAACCUUGAAGGGUCAACCAUGCAGCCUGAUCGUCCGUCUCUGUCCCUCUCCAUGCUCUCUUUCUCUCUGUAAAUACGAGGGCGAUGUAGGAUGCUUCUAAUCAAAUGAUGUAAGUUUGUGGCA